AAGAGCUCAGUGCAUGUGACUACAUGGCCGUAGGAAAGCAGUUCUGUCAGUGGUUCUACAACCUUGUGAACACCCAGAAUCCCACACUGGGUCAAGAACCACUGCACUGGGGUCCCCAGCAUUUUUGGGAGGACGCACGGCUGAUGCUUUGCUACAGCGCAGAAGUGCAGCAAACGGACAGGUUUCAGGGGGCCGAGCUGGUCAGCCAGCGUUUCCUCGCUCUCGUAAGGGACGAGAGACUCUUCUUCAGCCCCAACCUGGAGCCCCACGGACUGAAGUGCGAAGCCACUCCCCACGGGCUGGUGAUGGCGGCCGUAGCCGGAACAAUCCACCGCGAACGGGCCUGUCUGGGAAUCUUCGAGCAGGCGUUCGGCCUCAUACGCUCCCCACUGGACGCCAACAGCUGGAAGAUCAAGUUUACACAUUUGAAAAUAAGACGGCAGAAUGAACUCACUGGAGAAGAGGAAAUGACAUCACCAGCAUUAACAUACAACUCAAAAGAACUUCUGUCGCUCUGUGAAUGAGGAUUCAAAUAUGCCUUUUGUAAUUAUAUGUAGGUGAGUUAACUUGGAUGAAACAAAGCACUUUAUGCCAAUGGUUGAUGUUUAUUCUCCUGGAAUGGGACUACAGAAAACAUUAGCGUACAUAGUAGGCUAUACAACAAAGUAUAUUUGUAUAUUUAAGUUUACAGGUUCGUUGCAGGCAAAAAUGUAAUAAAACAUUUCACGUCAUUGAAACUGAAGGAAUGUAAAGUCUGUGGCUUUUGCUAUUGGCCGACAGAGUAAUUAAUUCUGUGCACAGCGGGCAGAAGUAAUGGUAAGUCUUCAACCAAUCACAGCUCUAGAUAUUUGAUCCUUACCCAAUAAAAUCUUUAUGCUCAGGUCUUUUCGGCGAAAACUCCAAAAAGAAGGCUGUAGCAGGAUUUAGCUAUCUGGAUACGCUUUUG